UUAUUUUGGAAAAGAAAUGGAAAUGUGAGCCCUUACGCUGAAAGGGACAUGUAAUCACUACCGGGGGGAGCGUCCUCGGUUUUGUGGCGUUUAGCCUGAUUGAGCUAUUUAGCGAAACAACCCCCGGAACAGAGCCUCUGUGCAGAAAGGCUGCGCUCAUGUCGGGCAGGAGCGACGAGGUGGAGUGGGUCGAGACAACCGAGGAGGUGGUUGUGAUCGAGGAGUGUUUACCCCCUGAUGACAACACCCCAGCAGGCACAGGGAUUCCUGUUUUAGAUGCAGCAGAAGAACCAGUGCAGACGUUACUGGAAACUGUGGGGAAAGAGGAAACCACAGAGGCUGAUGAUGGCUUUUACUGUGAGGAGUGUCUCCCCCUCUUCCAGGACCAAAUCGAUCCCGCAAACAUUAACGGCCCGUCUUUUAUCCUCGACUUUCCCACGAGCGUGGGCGUCCCCCAGAGGGCCCUCCUCACUCUGCCCUAUGGGCUGAUGAUAGGCAGGUCCAGUAUUCCCUGGGCCGGCGUCGGGGUCAUGAAUCAUGGACCAUCGGUGUCUCCAGGAAUGCAUUUUGGACCAUUUGAGGGGGAAGUGACAACAAGUGAAAAUGCACUGGAAAGUGACUUUGCCUGGGAGAUUUACAAAGGAGAACAUGAGUUUGAGUACAUUGAUGCUGCCAGGGAAUCACACUCAAACUGGAUGAGGUACGUCAACUGUGCUCGUAACAAAGACGAGAGCAAUCUGCUGGCAGUUCCUUACAAGGGCAGCAUCCUGUACCACUGCUGUCGCACCAUACACCCUGGAGACGAGCUCACAGUGUGGCCCAGCGACAAGCUCCUCACCCUCUUCAGUGAAGCUUGGACCCAGAUGUGGCUUAUGAAGUUAAAUUCAGCAGAGAAUAAUACAAGUUCGACAUCUCAGAUCUUCUUGUGCCCCCACUGUCAGCUUUCCUUCACUACAGAGGCCUUUCUCCAGCGACACACAGAAUACUUCCACACACAGCCUGCAGGGGGCUGCGCGACACCUGCCGCUGAGGCUGCUGACCCUGAGAAUCCCAGUUCCGAUGCCGACCCCAGUCCCUCUGUAGCCUCCCUGGUGGUGCUAUCUGUCGAUCCCGUUGACUCCAAAACAUGUGAGGACUGCGGGAAGAUCUUCAAGCAGAUGCCUCACCUCAGGAGGCACAAACUUUGCGUCCACUCGAACAAGCGCCCCUACUGCUGCUCACAGUGCAGGCGGACAUUCAGCCAGGCAUCUGGCCUCAUCAGACACCAGCUGGUUCACAGGAAGCAGACUGCGCCAAAAGCUCCCGAUCAAAACGGUGAGAAAGAAGAGACCUUGACGAGGACGAGUUCAGAACUUUCUAAAUCUGCAGAUCCACCUGAAACUGAUGAAACAAAGGAAAUGAAUGUAAGUGAGAAUCUAGAAGAAGCUAUGGAUGUAACUGAAACUGAGAAUACGUCUGCAGCAGAGGCCGAAACGUCUCAGUCCAACUGUUCAGACUGUGGAAAGAGCUUCAGAAAUGACGCGUCCCUCAGAAAGCAUAAGAUGACUGUCCAUGAGAGGCUGCGUCCGUACGUCUGCACCGUGUGUCAGAAGUGCUUUGGCCAGUACCACGACCUGACCCGGCACCUGCGGCUUCACCAGAAACAAAAUGAAAGGAAAGAGGCGAAAAGUCAGUCUGCAGAGGAAACGACCACGUUGCCCUUUAGCUGUGCUGAGUGUUCCCUGACGUUCUCCUCGGUGGAUUCCCUUCAGCAGCACAUCAGUGAGCAGCACUCGGAAAAUACCACAGAGGAACUUCAAGACGAUGUCGAUAACGAUCAAAGCCAUGACGCUGACUUCAUUCCACCUCCCUCCGUGGCUGAAUCGGUUGAAGCAACCCAGAAACAGCCCUCUCAAAGGCCUCAGCGACUUGCAGCCAGAUCGAGGAUUUCUGACAUAACCAAGCUCAUCGCUCCAAAACGAAGGGCGGACGGCAGCAAGAAGACGCCGCCCGCCAGCGCUCAGCCCGAGAAGAGCUGCACUGAACCAGGAGCACCGACUGUCAGGAACGUGAAGUACAAGUGGUUCAGCUGCAACAGAUGCAAACGGACGUAUGGAAACCCAGAUGAUCUCAAAGCCCAUAAGUGCACAUUGAAGCCGCUCAAGUGUGGUCAGUGUGGGGCAACCUUUAACAAGUCUGGCUUCCUGAGACGACACGAGCAGACGGUGCACGCAAACGCAAAAUCGUACCGCUGCGACCGCUGCGAUAAGGUCUUCGCUACGCCCAGUAAACUGAAACAGCACCAGAAGAGCAACACAUGUAUGAAGUAUCACUGCACGUCUGAGCCCUUCUCCUGCUCCUUCUGCCAGUUCUCCUUCACCGUGAAGAGCUACCUCAUCAAACACAUCAAGCGGCACCACCCGGUGGAGUUUCUCUCUCAUUGCGAGUCGGACAACCUCAUGGAUCAGCUGGAGGAGGAGCAGGGGGAGAAGGAGUACACGUGCCCCCACUGCAGGAAGAGCUGCGCCAGCGCCAAAGCUCUCAAGUGCCACACGUGCUUUCAGCAGGUGAAGGUCCUGUACCUGUGCACCGACUGUGGAAAGGGCUUCACCAACCACUACAGUCUGAAGCAGCACCAGCGCAUCCACACGGGCGAGAAGCCGUACAGCUGCCCCCACUGCGACAAAAGCUUCUCGUACACGGGGCAGCUCAACGUGCACCUCAGGACCCACACGGGGGAGAAGCCGUACCUGUGCACCCACUGCGGAGAGAGCUUCCGGCAGUCGGGGGACCUGAAGCGGCACGAGAGGAAGCACACGGGCGUGAGGCCCCACAGCUGCCCCGAGUGCUGCAAGAGCUUCAGCCGCCCGCAGAGUCUGAAAGCUCAUCAGAUGCUCCACAUGGGACAGAAAAUGUUCAAAUGCACCCAGUGCGGAAAGAGCUUUUCAAGAAACUAUCACCUCAGGAGACACCACCAGAAGAUGCACAUGUAAUCAGGUCACACAGUUGGUUCAUAAUGAAGAGUUACAGAUGUUUGUUUAAUGUUCUGUACAUAUUAUUUAAACUCGAGUUUGUUUGAAGAUAAAUAAUUUCAUAUACAAGUAGGAUUCUCCAAUUCAAUUUAUUCUGUUGAUCGAGUCAAUCUGAAUAAAAGGAAGAUGCACAUUCACAUGAACAAAAUGCUCGUUUCACAAUGUCAACUUGCUUUGAAAUAAAAACCAUCUUGACCGUUA